UUGGGACCACACAGACUGAUAGGCCAUUGAAAUCAUGACCGUGUCUGGGAUCCACCACAACUUGCAAUUAUUCAAUCACUCCAUUGAAAUCAAUCAACGGUUCACAUUUGGUUCACACAUAUAGUGUUAUAUGAUCUUUCUGCUACACGCCUUAAAAGCAAAAGAGGAAGUAUUUUGAGAGUUUCUGCAAAACAAAAAACACUUUCACAGAUCACAUUUCUCUCUCUCUUGGUUCUCCUGUUUGCGUUCUCUUGCCUUUGGUUUUUCACCACUCACAUCUUUGGCAAAGAAGAAAGCAUGGCCGGGGCUUUGGUGGGUGGAGCAUUUCUCUCUGCAUUCCUUCAGGUGGCGUUUGACAGGUUGGCUUCUCGUGAUUUCCUAGACUUUCUCAAGGGAAGGAAAGACAUUGAUGGAUCGCUUAAAAAGCUGAAGAAGUUGCUGAGGUCUGCUAACGUGGUGCUCGUUGACGCGGAGGAGAAGCAAUAUACAAACCCAUCUGUAAAAGAAUGGCUGGACGAGCUCAAACAUGCUGUUUAUGGUGCGGAUGACAUCCUGGAUGAGAUUGGCUAUGAAGCAUUGCGAUGCAAGGUAAGUGGCUUGAUCCCUACUUCUGUUGUUUUGCUUGACACAAGGAUUAAAUCUGAACUGGAAAUGAUUCUAAACGAAUUAGAAUCACUCACAAAAGAAACGGAUGACCUGGGCCUGGAAAAGGUUGCUGGUGGAGUUCCAUCACGACCAUUGACAAAUUUUCUCCCUGAAGAAUAUGGCGUGUUUGGUAGAGACAAUGAUAUGGAGGCUAUAUUUCAGAAGUUCAAAUCAGAUGAUGCAGCUGUUAAUGGCCUAUGUGUUGUUCCCAUUGUGGGUAUGGGUGGGAUUGGUAAAACAACUCUGGCUAGACUUAUAUAUAAUGACAAAAGAGUAGCGGAGUAUUUUGAUCUCAAAGCUUGGGUUUGUGUUUCAGAAAAUUUUGAUAGUUUCAAGAUAGCAAAAGCUAUUUUUGAGCAAGUCACUUCAUCUGCUUGUGACUUUCAAGACAUAAGUUUGCUGCAAAAUAAAAUGAAAGAGAAAUUCAUGGGGAAGAAAAUUUUCCUUGUUUUAGAUGAUGUUUGGAAUGAGAGCUAUACUGAUUCCGUUGAGCUACUUAAAGUUUUUAGAUGUGGGGCAGAGGAGACUAAGAUCAUUGUUACCACACGUAGUGAAAAAGUCGCAUCAAAUGUACUCACUGUUGCAGCUUUUCACCUAAAGCAAUUAUCAGAUGAAGAAUGCUGGUCAUUAUUUGAAAAACAUGCGUUUAUAAAUGGAAAGGCCAGUGAAUUUCCAAUUCUAGAGAAGAUUGGUAGACAAAUUGUCCAAAAAUGUAAAGGCUUACCAUUAGCUGCAAAAACACUUGGCGGUUUGCUGCGCUGUGAGAAAGAUCCAAAGGAGUGGACAAUGAUUUUGAAGAGUGAUAUAUGGAAUUUACCAGAAGAAAAAAAUAGCAUCCUUCCGGCUCUAAGAUUGAGCUACCACUACCUCCCAUCACAUUUGAAGCAUUGCUUUGCUUAUUGUUCCAUAUUUCCAAAGGAUUAUGCAUUUGGAAGGCAGGAGUUGGUCUUGUUGUGGAUGGCACAAGAUUUAUUGCAGCAAUCUAAAGGAAACGAGGGAAUGGAAGAAAUAGGUGAACGGUACUUUGAUGAUCUCGUAUCUAGGUCACUUUUUCAACAAUCAAGUACUAAUAAAUCACAUUUCAUAAUGCAUGACCUAAUCAAUGACUUGGCAACAUUUAUAUCUGGAGAAUUUUGUUUUAGGUUGGAGGACAAUGAGUUGAAUGAAAUAACAGAAAAGACACGCCAUUUUUCAUGUUAUGAUGGUGGAUUUGAUUACUCUAAGAAAUUUGAGAUCCUUCAUGUUGCAAAGGGUUUGCGAACCUUCUUGGGAGGAUUAGUAUGUAGUUGGCAAGUACCUGACAACAUAGGGAAGAUGGUACGUGAUUUGUUGGAGGAAUUUAAGGCCUUGCGGGUUUUAUCGUUGUCUAGUUUUAGAGUAAUGGAGUUGCCUAAUUUUGUUGAUAAUAUGAAGCACCUUCGUUAUUUGAAUAUUAGGAACACUAAAAUCAAACAUUUGCCCAAUUCUUUAAGUAACUUGUAUUAUUUGCAAACCUUGAUAUUGUCAUCGUCCAUCACCAAAUUGCCUACCGACAUGAGUAAACUAAUCAACUUGCGCCACCUAGAUAAUAGUUAUACCAGGAUGGAAGAGAUGCCACCACACAUGGAUAAAUUGAAAAAUCUCAGAAACUUACCUGUUUUUGGUGUGGGCAAACAUGAUGACGGGUCCAGUAUUAAAGAGUUGGGAGAGCUUCAGCAUCUUUCUGGAAAAUUGUAUCUAUUGAACUUGGAAAAUGUUCAAUGCAUUAACAAAGAUACUACGGAGGUUAUAUUAAAGAACAAGCAAGAUUUAUCUGAGUUGAAUUUGGAAUGGAAACAUGAUCAUGGCGCAGAAGAUUCAGAAAAGGAAAGAAUUUUGCUCGAGCAGUUGUGUCCUCAUACAAACUUGAAUUCUCUCACCAUCGCUAAUUAUGAGGGUACAAGCUUUCCAAAAUGGUUAGGAGACUCGUCAUUCUCUAAAAUGGUGUCCAUACAGCUUCGUAAUUGUGAUAAUUGCUUCUCCUUGCCUCCGCUUGGACAGCUACCUGACCUCAAGAGCCUUCAAAUUGAAAGUUUUGGUGAAAUAUCAAAUGUGGGCCCUGAGUUCUAUGGGAAUACAAUUAAACCGUUCAGAGCCCUUGAGUGUUUGACAUUUGAAAAUAUGCCAGAGUGGCAGGAGUGGGUUAUAUUUGAAGGGGAAGUUUUCACUUGUCUUCGAAAACUAUGUAUUAGACGUUGUCCCAAACUAAGUGGGGUUCUGCCCGUUCAACUUCCCUCUUUGACCAAACUUGAUAUUAGAAAGUGUGAGCAGCUUGUUGCUUCGCUUCCUAACUCUCCAGCUCUCCAUGAAUUAUUAUGCUCGGGGAAAAUACAGAUUCCAAAUGGUGAUGACUAUCAAUCACUUAAAAGAGUGAACAUAGAGGAUGGCGUUUAUUCAAUUUUGCCCUUUCUACCAGAGUUUGCUUCCCUCUCUCACUUGGUAUUCUUUAAGUGCCCUGAUUUAGUUUCCUUUCCCAGCGGAGGACUGUGCGCUCCAAAUUUGUCUCGGAUUGUAAUCGAAGGCUGCAGAAACUUAAAGUCACUGCCUGAAGGGAUGCACACCCUCCUCCCAUCUCUUGUGCGUUUGUCUCUGUACGGGUGUCAAGAACUGGAAUCGUUUCCCGAGGGAGGUUUGCCCUCCAGCUUACAAAGUCUUGAAAUAUGGUGGUGCGAGAAACUCAUUUCCCGUCGCAUGGAAUUGGGAUUGCAAGGUCUUCACUCUCUCAGAAGUUUCCAAAUUUGUGUUUAUGACAACGAAUUGGAGUCCUUUCCAGAGGAGGCGUUGCUGCCUCCUAAUCUUACCGAUUUCACCAUCGGUGGUUUACCAAAUCUAAAAUCGCUCAAUGGUAAGGGGUUUCAACACCUUACCUCUCUUAAACGCUUGAUUAUUGAGCGCUGCAAAAAUCUUGACUGCUUACUAGAAGACGCUUUGCCUACCUCUCUGUGUGAGCUAUUAAUUUCUGACUGCCGUUUGUUGGAAGAACGGUAUGGAGACGAGAAAGGGGAGGGCCGGGCCAAGAUUGCCCACAUUCCCAAUAUAUCCAUAUUUGGAAUGUGAGUCGAAGAACGUUUCUGCCCAGUGUUACUUUUACUUGUAAAUAACAAGUGCCCUACACACCGGCUGUCAAUUUCAUGCCACGGCUAGCUGCUGAUCCUUCUGCAUUGUGUAUGAAUUCCUAAAUGUCAAUUCUCCCAAAAAAAAAAAAAAAAAAAAACUCCAAAAUAUCUGAUUAGUUUUCAAGUCACUGUAAAAGCUCAUCCUUUACUCUCAUUCUUGCCGGAGAUGCUCUUGCCUCAUUAUACAUUCUCUACAUUUCUACUCUGGACUUCUGAAAUACAAGACAAGACUUUUGUGAAUGUUUAAGCUAAGGGUCACAUUUACUUGUAAAUAACAUGUGCCUCACACAUCUGCUGUCAAUUUAUGCCACUGCUAGCUGCUGGUCCUUUUGCAUUGUAUAUAAAUUUCUAAAUCUCUGAUAUGUUUUCAAGUCACUGUGAAAUCUCAUCCUCUUCUUAAUUAAAGAAUCAUUUACUCUCAUUCUUGCUGGAGCUGCACUUGCCUCAUUAUACUUUCACUGCAUUUCUACUGUGCAGUUUUGAAGUGCAAGACAAAUACUUUUGAGGUAAACUAUGUGGCAGUUGAUAGCUAGUGCUGUUUCUUUACCUUGUAACAGCCGCUGAAUCACACUGAUCAAGUGUGGAGAGGGACUUACUCAGGCUUUCUCUUUGGAAUUGGUGGUAGACAGGAAGAUUUGACGUCCCCUCCGGAGGAUAGGUUGCUGCAUUUGGUUCUUUUUUUCUUCCUAACUUGAAAGAGCUCAAAAGGUUCAGCAUAUGACUGCUCUUGCUGUCCUUACCUGUUGGAGCUACCAUUACUACCAAGAAUUAUAAAUGCCCUAUUGUGUGACAAUGGUGCCAGAGGCAGAGGGGGGAAAGCUGGCCCAGGAUUGCUGAGAUGCUUGUUCCAUGACAGAUCAAAGUCUACAGAUGCUCUGUGAUUGUUAGGUUUGUUCAACUGAUUUGUGUUUGUUGGUAUAAACUUUGAACCUGUCAUUUGUUGGUAUAAAAUUUGAACCUAUCAUCAUAAAUGCUUUUAAAGUCUUUGUCAACUCUGCAAAGUUUUAAGCCUCUGACAAUAUUAGCAUAAGGGACAUUUGCUUCAAAUCAUCCCAUUGAUGAAUAGAAUAAUAAUAGACCUACCAAAUGCAUCUCUUUCAAUCAACAUUUUUGAAGAGCUAAAGUUAUUUUCAAUGAGCCGCAAUUAUGUUUGUCCUGCCAGCAUGUUCUGUUUUUUUAAAGUUUGAACUGCCCUAUGUACUGUGUUGUAAUGAAGAAUAAUGUAGAGAAUGGUGCCUCAUAGUUCCAAUUCUAGCUCCUAGAUUUGAAAGAAAAGAUAUCCUUUAGGCAAUUUAUAGGAUAUCAAGUGUGAUUGUGAGUUCAUUACACCUCGAGAACUUUGUCAUCUUCCAUGUGAUUUUACUUGGAUGUCUUCUGAAUAUUCCUAAAUUCAUACUUUUUUGGUACUUUUCCAUUGCUCUCCAGUAUUCAGCUUGUCCACUAAUUCUUUUCCUUGUACCUGUGCGCAUUCAAAUUAUUCAUUUAUUGAACUAAUCUGUUGUCAUUGUACUUGUAUUUCCUUUGAUGGUGAAAUGAUACCAAAAACAGAAGGGAAAAAAGUGACACAAGAUUGAUCACAUCCCCUGCAGACAUAUAGAUGACUAAGUCGUUGCUGUACAGUUAGAUAUGAUAUGCUAUAAAUAGCCCUGUGAGAUUCAAGCUUGUGAUAUGAAAAUUAUUACCUUGCUUUCAAAAUCCAGGGUGACUUCAGCCAACCAACUCAAACUUCCUCAGCAACCAGCACGUUUGCACAUGAACAAGGCCAAAGUCCUGGCUUUUUCUGCUCACUACCAACAAAUGCCCUUAUUUGGCUGUGGACAGAUCUGCCUGUAUGCUUCUUCUGAUUAGUCCUAGAUGCAGCAAACACUACCAGCGGGUGGAUGGGGGCUUCUAAGAAUCGAACACACUACCUGCGGAUCGAUAUGGGCUCAUAAAGACUCUUCAAGAUUUUGGAAAUGCUGGUGGUCGUGAAGAUUUGAAGUCCUUGCCAGAUGACAUGUUGCUACUUUUGUUUUUCCUCUUCCUAACUACAAUCAGCUCAAAGGCUCAGCAAGUCACUCCUCUUGCCACGGUUGCUUUCAGUCACCGGUAGGAAGCGUCCAACUCGCUUUUUCCCAUCAAGAAUUUUAUAGUCUUUUGCUGAGACAAUGGUGCCUGAACUAGACAGGGAAAGCUGGCUGUUGACCCAAGAUUGCCCAGCUCUUGUUCCUUGAAAAAUCAAGGCAAUUCUUGAUUUUAGUAACAGUAAUUACUAAUAUGUUUUCUCCAACCAGAAGGUGCUCUGUGAUUGUUAGGUUCAUUCAAUUGAUUUAUUUGUUUAUAGACAUUCAAAGAUUUAUGUCUCAUGGUGUAAGCUUUGGACCUCUACCAAACAUCUUUGCACACUCUUCUCUAUGUGUACAAUUAUACAAUGAAGAGCAAUGGACAGACUGGGGCCUUAACACCUAGAUUUGAUAAAAUUUGUAAAUAAAUGGUUAUUUUCAUGCUUAAGAACAUUAUGGAAUUGACAAUUUGUAUUUGUAA